CCACAUCGCCACUCCAUGCACAUUCUAAGUAAAGGGUUCAGGUUUUAUUUUUGGACUGCUAUGGAGCUGGUGCCUUCCAUUUUGGAGGAAGGGACGAUAGUUGAGCUUAACAUGAGCCUCUUGUUCUGAUACUCUAGGCUGGGAGAAGCAGGCAGCAGCCAGUCGCCCCUAACCAGCAGAAACACAGGGGACUCUUUCUGAAGUGAGCCAUCUGUUAUCUGUUAUCUGUCUUGGGGGCCGACAUUUUUUAUGGCUGUAAAUAUCCGCAACGUUGCCCAAGCAGGCCUGCUUUCCCAGCAGUACCCACCCCCCCUACUUCCUAAACCUGGAAAGGAAAAUGUCCGGCUCCAGAAGUUACUUAAGAAAAGUGCCAAGAAAAAAACUGCUGCCCAGGCUUCCCAGACACCAGCCCCUUUCCGCUCAUGCCUCUCUCCAGUAACUGAGGCUAGUCCUGACCUGGAGUACAGUGACCACUCAACCCCACCCAAGACACCAGAAACACCAAUCUAUGGAGGUACACUGCACCCACGGUUCAACAUCAGGCCACUGUAUCAGCAUUCACCAUCCCCUUACCCUCAUCAGGGCAGCAGUUCAUACAUCACACCAGCAAGGUUCUCCCCACAGCCCUAUGUUACACCACACCAUUCAGCGACACUAUUUUCAUACACAACUCCUCCCACUCCUGCUGGUGCACCAUUAGUUACUUCCUAUACAGCAACAUCUAUAACUGUUACAUCUGUAACUACCACAACUGAGAUAAUCCAGCCUACUGCUACAAUACCAGUUUUUGUAUCAGCAAAGCAAACAAAUAAUGUGCUGGCUACACCCACUUUUAUCAUCUCUAAAGCUGCAAGUCCUCAGCCAACCUCAAAACCUAUGUUUGAUGUUCCCCAAAUUACAAAUUACACUUCUCAGACAGCAACAUUAAAAACUUCUCAAUAUACAUCUUCACCAACAAUGCAAAGGAGUAGAACACCGAUUUCUGAGGUGCUGCGAGCUCCGACACCAACAUUUGAAGUUAGAAGGAUUGUCACACCAACCUCAGAAUUAAAGAGAGAUAAAACACCAACUAGAGAAAUCAAAAGGGUCAUAACACCUACAUCUGAAAUUAAAAGUGGUGUAGCACCUAUAACUGAAAUUAAAAGGGAUGUAACACCUACAACUGAAAUUAAGAGGAGUGUAACACCUAUAACUGAAAUUAAAAGGAGUGUAACACCUAUAACUGAAAUUAAAAGGAGUGUAACACCUAUAACUGAAAUUAAAAGGGAUGUAACACCUACAACUGAAAUUAAAAGGGAUGUAACACCUACAACUGAAAUUAAAAGGGAUGUAACACCUACAACUGAAAUUAAAAGGGGUGUAACACCUACAACUGAAAUUAAAAGGGGUGUAACACCUACAACUGAAAUGAUAAGUGACACAACCCCAAUUUCUGAAAUAAAGACUGUGACUACUCCAUUUUUAGAGGUUAAGAGAGAUACUACACCAACAUCUGAGAUAAAAAGUGAUGUAACAGUUAUGACUGAGACAAGAAGGGGCAGAACGCUGACAAGAACAAGGACACCAACAUUUGAUCUUUCACCAUCAAAAACUCCAUCAGGGCGGCCAAAGACACCGUCAUAUCAUGUUUCACCUGCUAGGACACCUGUUUUAGAAAUUUCAAGACCCAACCCACUUUUAUUUGCUGUCUGUCCUGUGUAUAUGGAGGGCAGAAGAUCCAAAACACCAACUUCAAGUUUAGUUGGGCCAAGCGAUGAAAUUCCUCAAGAAACUGAGAAACCAAAGCAAAAUAAUCUUUCAGAAUCCAUACAAAAUGGUGAGGUCCAUAUCAAACCAUCUGAAACUUCAGAAGCUAGACUGUCUUCUGAAAAGCCCAGAGAAACUGAGUUGUCAAAGCCAAAGGUCACAGUACAAGAUGCUUCAAAGACUACACAGACCACUGAAUCCCAAAGCUCAAAGACCAGUGUACAUGAAGGUCCUAAACCUCUAACUCCUAUAGUUGAACAUCAAAGUCCCAAAUCACCAAACUCUCAGUUUUCUGAACCUGUUAAACCCUUACUGGGGUAUCAAAAACCAACUGUACCUCCAUUUGCAGGUCAAAGGCCAAGAACACCAACAUCAAAAUCCAAAUCAAAAUAUUAUGGUUUAACCCCAGCUGAAUAUGUUGCUUAUGGGGGAAUACAAAGUUAUACACCUGCAUUUGGUAUCACUAGAUCUCUAUCACCGGCCACUGUAGAAUAUAAAUCUCAAGAACAGGAAACACAUGUACCUGCUUUGAAAGAGAAGCCAGAGAGUCCCAAGACACCUGUGGAUAAAGUGUCACCAUCCAUUACUGCUGCUAUUGAAAAUGGAACUCCUGUUGCCCCAAUUGCUGAAGUCUCAGAGGCGAAAAUGCCAAUAGUAGAAGCAGAGCUAAAACUGGAGCGAUCUACAUCAGAGAGAAUGGAAACAAAGGAAGAAACCACUGGAGUUCCUGGAGUUAAAAUUCCAACUAUUGUUGUAUCUAAAGUUGACACACCACCUUCAGAGGCUCUCGUGACAGUGACCACUAUUCCUGUUACACAAAGAGUUAGGACUCCGACAUAUGGCAUAUCUAAACCAAAGACAGUGCCAUCUGUAUCUUUAAAGGAAACUACUAAACCUGAAACUCAGUCAACACCACCAUCUGUAAAAGCUGUAAAAGCUGUAAAACCUGACCAAAAUGCAGAUAAAAGCUCAAAGCCAACAAAAAUAAGCGCAAUGUCACAGAAGACACCAGAGCCUCGUAUGUCUUUACUGGAGAGGAUUAAAGAACAAAAAUCUUUAUCUGCCCCUCCAACAAAGGCUCCUGAAAUGCCUGUGACUGAAACAACAGAAGAUAAGCCUCUGGUCAAGCCAAAGGAUGACCAGAAGGACAAAGUUAAACCUGGUGAAGAUAUUUUAUCAACACCAAAAGAGAGCAUACCAAAAGAUGCUAAGCCUGCAGUCGAAAAUGAGGAGGACAGCAUCCUCCCAACUACAGAGCCUAUCCUAAAGGCCUUUCAGAAACCAAAAGGCAAGUCAAAACUCAGUGGCUGGUCUCGUCUCAAGAAACACAUGGUGGUGGAGGUAGAGGAACCCAAGUUUCCUGUUUCUGAGCCAGAACUGAAGAAAGAUGCCCUUGAUGGAACUGCUCAGAAAACAAGUGAGCAGGAAACCCAAGGCAAAGAAACAGAUAAGACUAGUGAAAAAGAGAGUAACGAUGCCCCAAGGGCUGCAAAAAUGUGGGAUGCUAUCCUCUUCCAAAUGUUUUCAACCAAAGAGAGUAUCAUGCAACAGAUUGAAACCAACAAAACUGAUGAGCAAAAGAAAGAAGAGGCUACAUCAGAUAAACCGAAAGAAAUUCCUGCAUUUGCACAUCGCCUUCCAGUUCUCCUUUACAGUCCUCGAUUUGAUGCCAGGAGACUGAAAGAGGCAGCUUCACGACCAGUGACAAAGAUUGCAACAGUGUUUGAGAUGGGUCUCAUAGGCCGCAAAAAUAAAGAUGAAGAACCGAAAGACUUUAACAGAACAGCCAAAGGGUUCUCUACUUCAAAAACUACUAAUGUCUAGGUGUUAAGUAAUGGAAUGGCCAAUGAUACUGUAUUUUUUUCAGUAACUGUGUACAGUUCUAUUUAUCACAAUUCAACUAUCUUAAAGUUGAAAUUAAGUAAGAAAGUGAUUGUAAUGUGUUUGUAUGAAUUACACAGGAAUUGUGGGAAAAGCAUAUGGUUUUACCUCACUCAUGUCAUAAUAUUAUGACAGAGAUACAAGAUGUGGUAAAAAAAAAAAAAAAAAAAAAAAAAAAAAAACCUGAAACGAUUGAGUGUUCAGAGAUUCUUUAUUUUAUAAAUUGUCUCUAGUGUCAUUCUGAAAUGCCUGAAUGACAUGAGGUACUUACACAACAUUAUAAUAAUCUACUUACUAAGUUAUGAAACUCAAAAGAAGUUUUAGAAUGGAGGGAGAGAUUUUAUGGCAUAAAUGUAGAGUGUAAAUUUAAAUUAUAGGCAUCAUGGAAUGUUCAAUUUAUCUCUGAAGCAUUCACAUGUAGUUUAAAAAUACACUACAGUCACUGCCCACUGUAUUAGGAACACCUGUACACCUGCUGUCUCAUGCAGUUAUCCAAUCAGCCAAUCAUAUGUCCACAGCACAAUGCAUAAAAUCAAAAGCGUUUCAGUGCCCAGUGAGGCCUCAGAUUCCAGUUCUUGCCUAACAGCAGUGGACCCGAUGUGGUCUUCUUGCUGUUGAGGCCCAUCCACCUCAAGGUUCAAAGUGUUGCGCUUUCUGAAAUGCUUUUCUGCUCUGUUCUGACCUCUCUCACCAACAAGCCAUUUCUGCUCAUGGAACUGCUGCUUACUGGAGGUUUUUUGUUUGAAAUCUAAACACUAGCGACUGUUGUGUGUGAAAAACUCAGGUGAUCAGCAGUUUCUGAAAUACUCAAACCAGCCUGUCUGGCACCAACAGCCAUGCCACGGUCAAAGUCACUGAGAUAACACUUUUUCCCCCAUUCUGAUGUUUGAUGUAAACAUUAACUGAUGCUCUUGACUUGUAUCUGGAUGAUUUUAUGCAACACACUGCUGGCACAUGAUUGGCAGAUUGGGUAAUUGCAGGAAUGAGCAAGUGUACAGAUGUUCUUAAUAAAGAGGCUGGUGAUUGUGUGUCACAUUUAGUGUACUCAAAAUGGUGCUUUUCAAACUUUUCUUUUCUCUUUCUCUUUUCUUCUAUUAUUUUUGCUUUGUAUAGCGAUGCCUGUGAGACAAAGGUCUGACUGUAUGUUCAGUGAAGGAACAGUAUUUACAGGGUGUUUGAAAGUUGUAGUUGGCUGGAUAGGUGGAAUGAGGGCAACUGAGAGAUAAUAGAGACUUGGAAAUAAAGGAAAGUGUGAAUGGAAAAGAGAGUAAGAAAAACAGCCUGAAUAUACCACAGAUCUUAUAUGAAAAUGAUGACCAGAGCAGGUCUACAUGAAGCUGUAUAUGACUAAAGUGUGACAGGCAGCUUACACUGGAAAAAUGGUUACAUGAUGCAAGAGUGUAUACUGCAUGGCUAAAAUAUUUGGUUUUGAUAGUUCCGACUACAGUUAUGUUAAAAUUAGCAGUGAACUAUCCAUGGCAUAUGUUUUAUACUUUGCCCUUUUCUUGUGUGUGUGUAUGUGUGUGUGUGUGUGUGUGUGUGUGUGUGUGUGUGUGUGUGUAUUUGUCUGUCUGUCUGUUUGUCUGUCUGUCAUUAAAAAUCAGAAUGGGUACACAUUCUCUGUAUGGCAGUGAAAUGUGAUAUGUAUAAUACUUUGCAUUUUAAGGUGCUAGAUUAAAUGUUUUAUAUUUUUUGUAAUAAAAAUUGCUCAUUUGGAGAA